AAAAGCACCGUUUCAAACCCAAACUUUUUGGAAACCCGCCACCUGGAACUUGCUGCUAUCGUCCUCCGCAACUGUUUCCUGGCCAUGGUAUGGUUCAUGGAAAACAUGCUUAUGCUGUUGUCUCUAGGCAACCACAGGCGAAUACGGGUGUUUGGAUAUAUCGCCCUAUUCUCCUUCCUCCUUAAGAAGGCCAAUUUCGAGCCUACCUUUGACAUUCACGAACCAACCACUUUUGCAAUCACUCUACGUAUGCUAAUAGAACAAGCAAAAUACCGCAUCCUGCACGCAUCCGGUGAUGUUGUACCAAAACUUCGCCAAAUGUGGAAUCAUGAGAAAUUCCAGUUAACAGAGUUCUAUUCUCGGCCACGUUAUCCGAGUGUGUGCAGUCGUCUGGUGAACGAAACGAAGGACCUUAUGAGUUGCAUUUUGCACCAAAUAACAAGCACUAUUCCCCAGCAAGGUCUGCUUUCACCUCAGUGUCAAUGGGGUAUCCGGGCCCUCGGAUUCACGAUGCAGUACUAUCCCGAAGGAUAUUUCUUCGAAUUUGAGAAGGUAGGUUCCCUCACCAAGUUAUCCAGCGAUCCAUUGAGCUAUACUGGAGAGUGUCCCGCGACACAAACAGAGUCUCUCAUACCAGGUUGGUCAAUGGUUAGAGGUCUGACGAACACAGUCUCCUGGCCCUCCAGGUUGGGGGUUGGAACAUGUGGCGACUUGUUCCGUAGAAAUGGUAAUGCAUUUGCAUUUCCCGCCAAACACCGCUGCCUUGCGGUUAGGCUUUUGAGCCAAAGGCUUUGGUUGAGGACCCUAAUCGUCCUCCUGUCUAGGUGUGGGCGCCCUGGCAGUAUCCCAGCCCACGUACAACCAUGA